CGUGGAGCCGGCCGGGGCUGAGGCGGAAGUGCCCGGUGGGGAGGCGGCGCGCACCGGGGACCCCGCCGGCUAUGGACGCCUCUCUGGAGAAGAUGGUUGACCCUACUCUAGCAGAAAUGGGAAAGAAUCUGAAUGAAGCAAUGAAGAUGCUAGAAGACAAUCAAAGAAAAGCAGAGGAAGAAAAUGAAAAGAAGUAUGCACGGAAGGAUAUUCCUGGACCACUCCAAGGCAGUGGCCAGGAUAUGGUGAGCAUACUUCAGUUAGUUCAGAACCUAAUGCAUGGAGAGGAGGAAGAGGAAACUUCACAGGCCUACCGACUUCAAAAUGUUGGUGAACAGGGUCACAUGGCUCUACUGGGACAUAGUUUGGCUGCUUAUAUAUCAGUGCUAGACAGGGAAAGACUGAGAAAACUUACAACAAGGAUCCUUUCUGAUACUACUCUCUGGCUCUGCAGGCUUUUCAGAUAUGAAAAUGGAUCAGCAUAUUAUCAUGAAGAUGAUCGUGAAGGUCUCCUAAAAAUCUGUCGACUUGUUAUUCACACACGCUAUGAAGAUUAUACAAUAGAAGGAUUUAACGUGCUAUAUACUAAGCAGCCUGUCAUAUACAUUAGUUCUGCAGCUAGAACAGGCUUGGGCCAAGCUCUCUGCAAUCAGCUAGGGUUACCCCUUUCUUGCAUGUGCCGUGUGCCUUGUAACACUAUGUUUGGAUCUCAACACCAAAUGGAUGUUGCUUUGUUGGACAGAGUGAUUAAAGAUGAUGUUGAGUCUGGAAAACUGCCUUUGUUGCUUGUGGCCAAUGCUGGGACACCAGGUGCUGGGCACACAGAUAAACUUGGCCGACUGAAGGAACUUUGUGAGCAGUAUAAUAUGUGGCUCCAUGUAGAAGGUGUGAAUUUGGCAACUUUGGCUUUGGGUUAUGUCUCCUCUUCUGUACUGGCUGCUACAAAAUGUGACAGCAUGACUCUUACUCUGGGUUCCUGGCUGGGUCUUCCGGCUGUACCUGCAGUGACACUCUACAGACAUGAGGAUCCAUCUUUGUCCUUAGCAGCUGGGCUGACAUCGAGUCAGCCUGUAGAGAAGCUCCGUGCCCUGCCACUGUGGCUCUCCUUGCAGUACCUGGGCCAUGAUGGGAUUGUGGAGAGGAUAAAGCAUGCCUCACAACUAAGUCAAAGGUUGCUGGAAAACUUGAAAAACCUGGAUUUCAUUAAAACUUCGGUUGAAGAUGAACUGAGUUCACCAGUGGUGGUUUUCAAGUUCUUCCGGGAAUAUUCAAAUAGAGAUCAAACCUCACAUGCUGCACAGGCCUCAACUAUUCAGCACCCCAUAAUAAGCAACGAAAGAUACAUUUAUGACACUUUCAAUCAGUGGCUAGGAGAGCAGCUGGCACAGCUGGUCCCUGCCAGUGGAGUUGAUGUGGUAGAACUGGAAGAUGAAGGCACGUGUGUGCGUUUUAGCCCACUAAUGACUUCUGCAGUUUUAGGAACUGAAAUACAAGAUGUUGAUCAGUUAGUAGACUGCUUGAAAAUGAAGAUACCAGUAUUGACAAGUACACUGCAACUGAGAGAGGAAUUUGAGCAAGAAGUGAGAAGAACAGUAGGCCUGUUGUAUGUUGAAGAUCUUAGUUGGCCAGGAUUAGGUGUUGUAAGAUACAACUAUCACAGUGAUGGGAAGAAUGAUGACAAACAAGAAAAAGAACUAGAAAAAAUCAAUACAGAACUUCUGAAAAAAUUAAAUGAGCUGGAGUCGGAUCUCACUUUUUCUUUGGGUCCGGAGUUUGGAGGGCAGAAGAACUGUGUUUAUAUUGGCAUGGUAACUGAGGAUCUGGAUGUGUCGGAGUUAGUUGAAACUAUUGCAGCAACAGGCAGAGAAAUUGAAGAAAAUUCACGACUGUUGGAAAACAUGACGGAAGUCGUUAGAAAAGGGAUACAGGAAGCACAACUUCAGCUUCAGAAAGCAAAUGAAGAACGACUUCUGGAAGAGGGACUGCUACGACAAAUACCUGUAGUAGGCUCUGUGCUGAACUGGUUUUCUCCAUUCCAAGCCUCACCAAAGGGAAGAACAUUUAAUUUAACAGCAGGUUCUCUAGAAUCUACAGAAUCUACAUAUGUAUCAAAAGCCCAAGGAACAGGCACUACUCCACCACCAACUCCUACUUCCAGCCUUGCAAAGCAAAGACUUCCUGGUCAGAAAAUUUUUAAAAGGUCUCUAAGAAGUUCUGAUGCAUUCAGUGAGACCAGUUCAGUCAGCCACUGUGAUGAUCUGGAGAAGGUGGAUCAGAGACCCCCAGCUCUAUUCCCUGGCCAAGAGCAGGGAUCUUUGGAGACAGAAAAAGCAGAGGAGCAGAAGGAGGUGGCACAGGCAACAAAGACAGACACUGAGGACAUUCAAAGUGACAAAUUGCCACGUGACUGCACGAAGGUAGAGGAACAAGACGGUCAGAGAUAAAAUCCAGCCUGUGGCUUUCAGACUGGGCUGAGGAAGCCUGUGCCCUGGGAGGCAGGGUAUUAAUGAAGCAUUUAAAAUGUGAACAGUGCCACACACUAGUACAGUAAUAACUACUGUAACUUAUUAACUGGGAUUUUGCACAAAUAUAAAUUCCCCCCAUGGGACAGAGAUUUGUCUUACCGUACACUUGUUACAGUUGCUUUAAUCCUCUCUACAUGUUGGUGUCACCAAAGUACUAGUGAAAUUUAUUAAGUGCUCAUAAACAUUUGUAAAAACAAUUGGCAGUUAUCCUUCCUAUAGCAAUCUAAGCAUGAUAAUAGUUGCUAACUAACCAAUCAGCCAUACACAGGAUUAAGAAUACAGUUGCACCCAAUAAUUGUAAAAUGAUCUUACUUUAUGUUACUACACUUUAAAAAAAAAAAACCUGCCAAUUGUUCAC